AUGACUACCUCAAAUUACACUGGUGUUAGCCACACAGUCUUCCACUUGCUGGGCAUCCCUGGCUUAGAGAACAAGCACAUGUGGAUUUCCAUCCCCUUCUUCAUUUCCUAUGUCAGUGCCUUGCUUGGGAACAGCCUGCUUAUAUUCAUUAUUCUCACCAAGCCCAGUCUCCACGAACCCAUGUACCUCUUCCUCUGCAUGCUGGCCGGAGCAGACAUUGUCCUCUCCACGUGCACAGUACCUCAGGCCUUGGCCAUCUUCUGGUUCCAUGCUGGGGAGAUCUCCCUGGAUUGUUGCAUCGCUCAACUAUUCUUCACCCAUUCCACCUUCGUCUCUGAGUCAGGGAUCCUGCUGGUGAUGGCAUUUGACCGCUACAUUGCCAUAUGCUACCCACUGAGAUACACCACCAUUCUUACACAAGCACUGAUUGGGAAAAUUGGUGUGGCAAUCUUUCUGAGAAGUUAUGGUAUAAUGUCCCCCAUAAUAUUUCUUCUGAAAAGACUGACCUUCUGCAAAAGUGACAUCCUCCCAAACACUGCUUGUAAGCACAUUGUUUUGGCCCAUGUUUCCUGUGAUGACAUACGAGUAAAUAUUUGGUAUGGCUUUUUUGUCUUAAUGUCAACAGUGAUCUUAGAUGUUGUGCUAAUUUUUGUCUCAUAUGUGUUGAUUCUUCGAGCUGUCUUCCACAUCCCAUCCCGAGAUGCUCGACACAAAGCUCUCAAUACUUGUGGCUCCCACGUCUGUGUCAUCAUCCUCUUCUAUGGGCCUGGGAUCUUCACAACCCUUAUUCAGAGGUUUGGACGCCACAUCUCACCCCAUAUCCAUGUCUUGGUGGCUGAUAUUUGCAUUCUGGCUCCUCCUAUGCUGAAUCCCAUCAUUUAUGGCAUUAAGACCAAGCAAAUUAGGGAUCAGGUGGUCCACCUGUUGUUUACAAAGCAGAAAUAA